GGUCCACAAUACCGAGAUUCAUUUGAGAACAUUUUUGAGGGCAAUUUUCGCGAUUUUUAUCAAGCUUCAGUGGGAUUCUACUCAGGUCUAUUCGCUUACCAAGGCUGGACAUAUCUCAAUUUCAUCACAGAAGAACUAAUCAAUCCAAAAAGGAAUCUGCCGUUAGCCGUGAUGUUCUCCUGUGUUAUCGUAACAGUGAUCUACACAUUGUUCAAUGUCGCUUUAUAUGUUGUUAUCUCACCGGAUGAGAUGUUAAUUAGCCCUGCAGUCGCUGUUGUAAGCUAG